UUCAAGCAGAGCGGAUCAAGAUGAGGACUAUUUCCCUGCUUUUGCUGGUUGCACUGGCAGCCCUGGUAGAGUCUUACUGUUGGAACCCCAACAGACGUGCCAAGCGGGAGCUUUUGGUGCGUUCUAAGAGAAGAUGGGUUUUGUCUACGAUUGAAGUAAAAGAGCACGAACCUGGUCCAUACCCAUUACUGAUUUCGAAGAUGUUCAAUGACAAAAUAGAUCCAAAUGCAAAAAAUCACAAGUACAUUAUAAGUGGAAUGGGUGUGACUGAGCCGCCGCUGGGAGUGUUCUGCAUUAAUGAUUCUACUGGAGAAGUCUAUGCCCGUAAACCCAUUGACAGAGAAGAAAAUGACAUCUUCCAUAUCAAAUUUGAUAUCUUGGACAAAUACACCAACGAGGAAAAAGACAAGGAACUAGCUUUUGAUGUACAAAUAAAGGACAUCAAUGACAACCCACCUACAUUUAUCGAUCCUCCAAAGACUGUAGAUGUGUUAGAAAAUACACCAGAGGGGUACUUGCCAGUGCGUCUGGUGGCCAGUGACAGGGAUGAGAUGAACUCCUCUAACUCUAAAAUCACCAUCAGAGUGGCUUCACAGAACCCGGCACAGCCCAAGAUUAAUGUGGAUCAGAUCAAUGGCAGGAUGGCCCAGCUCACCUUUACAGGAUGUUUUGACUACGAUAGAGUAAAGACGUAUGAAAUUGUUGUUGAAGCAAAGGAUCAUGGAACACCACGCCUUUCCUCCACUGCUGUUAUUACUCUCAAUAUUCUUGACUCAAACACUCAUGCGCCAACAUUCAAGGAUACUAAGUACAACGGUGAGGUGUUAGAAUCAACUGUUAAAAAUGAUAUUCUGAGAAUUUCGGUGGAAGACAAAGACACUCCCGAAACUCCAGCCUGGCGUGCCAAAUACUUCUUCAUAAAAGGAAAUGAGGACGAAAACUACAAAAUUGAAACCGACCCCAAAACAAAUGAGGGUGUUCUGAGUGUCAUCAAGGGGAAGGAUUUUGAGCGGACAACUUUUACCAACCUGCUGAUCGGAGUAGAGAAUGAGGAACCAUUAUUUGUCUGUAAAAGUGCACCAAGUGGUGCAAGCACACUUCCACGGGCAGGGCCAGUCAACAUCACAAUGAAAGUGAUCGAUGUCAAUGACCCACCUUACUUUAAGAACCCCCCAGCUAAAGUAUACCAGAGGGAAGAGCAGGACCCAGGAAAGGUGCUGUUCACUCCAGAGGUUCAUGAUGUCGACUCUAAUGUGUCCGCAAUCAGGUAUAAGCUGUUAAAAGAUCCAGCCGAAUGGGUGACCAUUGAUGAGAAAACUGGACAAAUCAAAGCAGCUAAGAAAAUGGACAGAGAGUCACCCCACGUUGACAAGGACAGCAUUUACAAAGUCGUCAUCAUUGCCAUAGAUGAUGGUGAGCCUCCAGCCACAGGUACAUGCACAGUCCCGAUCCAUCUGAUGGAUGUCAAUGACAACCAGCCUAAGCUGGUCAACAAUAGUGUCAUAAUGUGUGGAAACAAGGUUAACAAGGUCAUGGUGACUGCAAAGGACACAGACGUCCAUCCUUACAGUGGGCCCUUUGUCUUCUCUCUGGGGGGUGCUGACAAAACUCUGGCGCAGCGAUGGAAACUAGAUCCUGCCUUUGGUGAGGAAGGUGGCCUUGUUAGCCUGAAGGUACUUCCUUAUGGCAACUACUCAGUGCCCCUGGUGAUUCAGGACCAACAGGGCAUGACUGCAGAAGACACUGUGGAGGUGAUGGUGUGUGACUGUGGAGAAAAAGACUUUUGCCGUAGCAAAGAGCCAAUCUCAUCCGGCCUUGGGGCACCUGGUAUUGGACUGAUUUUGGCAGGAUUGCUCUUAUUUUUGUUACUGCUAUUCCUCUUUAUGUGUGAGUGUGGAAGGAAGGAGUUCAUACACCUCCCGACCCUGGUGCAGGAUGAGGGCAGCCAGACCCUUAUCAAGUACAACCAAGAAGGAGGGGGCGCUACAUGCACAGCUGAACCCACUCUGCCCAUGACACCUACAAAUUACGCAACUGUGACAGACGGACUAAAACAAGCCACCAAGGAGGUCUCUAAAGCGGUUCCAGUAAUGACCCAGGACAUGGACACUUACAACAAUUCAGGGUUCACCAUGAUGAACUCUAACAUGACCUCACUGGGAAUGCAGACUCAAAGAAACAGUCUCAGAGGCUUUGGAGGGCAGGCCACGUACUCUACAUGGACUAACAACAGGACAAACACCUACCAGCAGGGUGGCUCAUCAAGGUACCAGCGCUUUUUCAGCCUGCAGUCAAAUCAGUAUACUGCAGAUCACAUUGACAGGAGACUGCGCAUAAUUGCUGAAAACCACACAGACCACCCAGUGUACCAACCUCACCAUUACGCCUAUGAGGGAAUGAGCACAGGAUGCCAUUCACUGGAUGAGCUGUCACUCAGUGACCAGGGACAGGAUUUGCAGUUUCUCAGUGAUUUGGGGCCAAAGUUCAAGACCUUGGGAGCCAUUUGUCACCAGAAAAUUCAAGAAAAAAACAUACAGCUUUGAAGGGCACAGCUGGAACGUGAUUUUUCUAUCAGGCAGGUCGCUCUUUCUUGCUGGUUUGUGAUUGUGAUUAUGGACUUAUCUGAUUGGAUAUGUGGCACAUUUAUAUGCCACAAUGGUUGUAUGCAAAAGUUUGGGAACCUCUGGACCUUACAUUUUUCAUUGAUUUUUAAAGUGAAAAAAGGUAAACACAACCCCCUCCGCAAAUACUAAUAUUAAAAAUGAGGAAAGGCACUUUUAUUGGUUAUUAUUUACUUGUUAUUAUUUUUACUGGUGGUUAUUUCAUGACCUUAAAGAAAUGAAACAGUAAUUGUUGCAUGUGCAAAGGUUUGGCAACCCUUCUAACUCUAAAUCACUCAGAACUUAAUUAACCAAUUAUGUUUCGAGUCAAGAUUUGCCUUUAGGAACUGUCUGCUAAUGACGUUUGGAGAGCUGCUAAAUUCUUUCACUCUUCAGGAGUUACAAGAAGGUUUACCUAACACAGGACUGGUGGUGCCACUGUCUUAAACUGUCAAAUUGUCUUCCCCUGUGCCGCACUGUCUCUACAAACAGUGGCAACCAGCGCCAAGGGAUUCUGGAUGCAAAUUUCAUGCAGUGAGUCAAGACAGUGAAAAGAGAGGUUUCUACAACAGGACAAUGACCCAAAGCAUAGCUCAAAAUCCACCAAGGAAAUACUUCAAGGAACACAAUCUGAAGAUUUUGGAAUGGCCCUCAUCGCCUUCUGGCUUGAACAGCACUGAGAAUCUGCUUGUAGAUCUUAAACAUGCUGUGCUUGCAAGACAGUCUAAAAAUAUCUUAGAACCUGAAGUGAUCUUCAAGGAAUUUGAAAGUGAAAAGUCCUAAAUCAAAAAUAGAAAGACUCUUAGCAAAAGAGUUUGAAAAAAAGCCUUUUCAAUCUGUGAUAUCUGCCAAAGGUUUAUUUACAAAGUACGGCCUUAGUAGGGUGCCCAAACUUUAGCACGUCACAAUUACUGUUUAUUUUAUUUUACUUUUCUGUAUGCUACAAAACAUGGAAUUUGCCCAUGGGUGCCCAAACUUUUGAACACAACUGUGACUCAGAUACUGUUUAUUGGUAUCUAUCCACAAAACAAGGAUAAUGUUGUAGAGGCUGUAUUUUGCUUGAAGAUGAGCUUGAAUUAAUGCACUGUACAAACUAUCAUGCUCUGGUGACUUUGAAAUGCUGCAUCUUGAUGGGUGUGUUUGCUUGUUUUUUUACUAUGCUGCAAUAAGAGUGAUUGUUGCCACAUCUCACUGCUUUCUCACUGCAUAUCAUUUCUAGCUCUGGAGGUUUUGUCAGGACAGUAUUAUUUUCAUGUUUUAAACUGUAAUUUUACAGACGUUUAUGUGUGGAAACUGGGAUGCUUCACAGUGUAUAAGAUGUUUUACUUCUGCACAUCACUUUUACAGGAAUACCCCUUCGUAAAACGAUUCUUAAUAAGGACCAGUAGAAAUUUGACUGGUUGAAAUUACUAUUUCAAGUAACUGGAGAGUGAUUCUGUAAAUGUCUGUGGCCUGUUGUUAAUGGUGAACCCUGAGCUGGUGAACACAGCAGUGUGGAAUUAACACUGUACAUGUCUUGCAACAAUACACAACUCAUUCCUUGA